UCUCACCCAAACUCGUGCAGCGAUGGCGACGCCGCUCUUUCGAAUUGGUGGGCGGGCUCUGGCUGAGCGUCUGACGCCCUUGAGAGGGUCAGCACUACGGUGUCAAGCGAGAACAUUUACAUCGAGUGGUUCUUCACAAGCAGCACCAAGGGCAAGACUCACCCCUGCUUUUAUUGCAGUCGCUGCUACUACUGCCGUGCUCGCAGCUUCGGCCUAUGCGGCUCGCCCGCUUCACCUCGAAGCGCCACCGGCAUCUGCAAAGGAGCUCCCUACUAGUCUACCCACAUCUGGCGGCAAAGAGGUGCGGCUAGAUCCCUCGACGAAGCAGCCGUUCCCUACGAAGCUCGAGAAACCAGCCACCUCCCUGCCCUUCUCUUGCGGCGACCUCGUCCUCGUCGGCCUGGGCGUGCGGACCGUCUCCUUUCUCCGGGUGCAGGUCUACGUCGCGGGCCUGUACAUCGACGAGCGGGCACUCAAACGGCUCGAGCAGGUGCCAGGCUGGAAAGGCUACCAGAAAGACUGGCUUCUCGAUCAAAAGCAGGGACCGAGCGGCGAGCAGCUCGUGGCCGCCCUCGUGGACCAGGGCGUCGCCUGUGUGAUCCGCAUCGUGCCUGUCAGGUCGACGGACUUUGCCCACCUCCGCGAUGGCUUUACGCGCUCGAUCCAGGCGCGAGCAAAGCAGGCGCGCAAGGCCAAGGCGCUCAGCGACGUCGCAGAGCAGUCGCUCUCCACCUCGCUGCAGGCGCUCAAGGACGCCUUUCCCCGCGCGUCGCUUCCCAAGGGACAGGCACUCGACCUCGUCUUUGCUCCUCAGUCAUCUGCAGUGUCGAAGCUGCUACCAGGAAGCAUCGCAGGUGUCUCGCUCACCCUCGAGCAAGAGGGCAAGAUCCUCGGCACUGUUCAUGCUCCUGGUGGCAGCGAAGAAGAGAAAAAGUUUAGCGUCGCACGGCAGCUCAUGCUGGCUUACCUGGCCGACAAGGACGAGAUCUCAAGGCCCUUCAAGCAGUCGGUAGCCGAAGGUUUCGAGAGCUAUGUCAACUUGGCUUGAAAGACGCAAUUCAUAAUUCUUGCCCCGUCAGCUUCAGCAGGCCUUGUAAAUCGCUGAAGCAUGGCUACAAGAGCAUGCCUUCCAAGAAGCCUGAUGAACUCUAUAUAUAUUCGUCAUGAAGUGAUGGUGUAU